AUGCCAGAUAGCGAUGAAGACUCGAAUCAGCUGUUGCUUCUCACCAUGAUGCUGAUGCGGCGCAAUCAAAGGCCAGCUUCCAGUGGCGAAUGUGGAUCCCGUAUCAUCAUCAAUCCAUGUUGCAGUUGCCCUAACCAGGGCAGCCCUAGCUGUUGUUGUGGCUGUGGUUGUUGCUGUGACAGCCGCCCAAGGCCAUGUUGUUGUCCCUGCUCUCCUUGCUGCCAGCCGAGUUGCAUGUGUAGUGGGUAUGGAGGCGGCUCCUGCCUUAAGUUCUGCUUUACUGCCCUGCUAAGCCUGGAAUCUGCCGGCCACCGGAGAUUGGACCCUAUGCUUUUGGGAAAACCUUACCGACCGGUGGGAAACCUCUAUAAGGGAGUGAUAGAAAAGAAAGAUGAAAACUUCUUUGGGAUGCCUAUUGGCCUGUAUUUGCUUUUUAUAGCAUUUUCACAUUUUUCGCCCAGAUGUUAA